CCGUUCGUCCCCGCCUUAUCCUUCCCCGCAUCUUCUUCUUCUUCUUCUUCCCGGGGCCAUUCGAACUACUAGGGAAGCAAGCACGAGCACAAACGCCGAUGCACUUCCUCUCGCUCCCCACCGCCUCCUCCCCCACCCACCACCACCUCCCUCCCAAACCGCUCUUCAAACCCAUCUCCUCCUCUUCAGCCUCCUUCCGCCGCCCAACUCAGCCCCCCCCGCCGCCUCCCAAGCCCUCCCCUCCCCCGCCGCCGCCUCCUCCUCCUCGGAACCCGAACCCGCUCGCCUCCAAGCUAUGGCUGUCCAGCAGGCUCUCCCCGCCCCCGCCUCCUCCCCCUCCUCCGAAAACGGCCCACCAGCCUCCUCCUCCUCCUCCUCCGCCAGAGGAACCGGAGCAAGAGCCGGAACCGGAGGAUGCGGACGCGCGGAAGGAGGAGAAGCAGGAGGAGGAUUUCCGGCAGAAGGGGAAGGUCUUCGUCGGGAACCUGCCGCUGCGGGCGAGGAAGCCCGAGGUGGCCGAGUUCUUCCGCCAGUUCGGGCCGCUCGACAAGGUGGAGCUCGUGCGCGCCCACGACGACCCCGAGCGCAACGCCGGCUUCUGCUUCCUCUACUACGCGGGGGACGCGGCCGAGGCGGAGGCGGCGGCGGGGCGCGCGGCCGAGGUCGACGGGGUGGACUUCCGGGGCAGGUCGCUCACCGUGAGGCUCGACGACGGGAGGAAAGGGAGGGCCAGGGCGGAGGAGCGGGCCCGGUGGGUCGACCACGGGCGGAGGCCCGAGGCGCGGUCGCCGUGGCACCAGGGCAGGGAGGAGGCGUGCCGGGAGUUCCGGAGGGUCGUGGAGUCGCGGCCCGAGGACUGGCAAGCCGUCGUGUCCGCCUUCGAGAGGAUCCCCAAGCCAUCAAGGAGAGAAUUUGGUUUGAUGAUUGUGUAUUAUGCCAAGCGGGGUGAUAAGCAUCAUGCUCGCGCAACGUUUGAGAACAUGAGAGCAAGAGGAAUAGAACCCAAUGCCUUUGUCUUCACAAGCCUUGUUCACGCUUAUGCAGUUGCUAGAGAUAUGCGUGGGGUGCUGUCAUGUGUUGAAGAAAUGAAAGCUGAGGGCAUUGAGCUGACAAUUGUUACUUACAGUAUCAUUAUUGCAGGAUUUGCCAAAAUUAAUGAUGCUCAAUCUGCAGACAACCUCUUCAAAGAGGCCAAGGCCAAGCUCGGGGAUCUCAAUGGAAUCAUAUAUAGCAACAUUAUACAUGCUCACUGCCAGUCUGGCAAUAUGGAUCGAGCUGAAGAGCUGGUCCGCGAAAUGGAAGAGGAUGGAAUAGAUGCUCCUAUUGAUGCAUACCAUAGUAUGAUGCAUGGAUAUACUAUUAUUCAGGAUGAAAAGAAAUGUCUAAUUGUGUUUGAAAGGCUGAAGGAGUGCUGCUUUACACCAUCAAUAAUUUCUUAUGGGUGCCUUAUUAAUUUGUAUAUCAAGAUUGGUAAAGUCACUAAAGCCAUAGCUAUUAGCAAAGAGAUGGAGUCAUAUGGCAUCAAGCAUAAUAACAAAACUUACUCUAUGCUGAUCAGUGGAUUUAUCCAUUUACAUGACUUCGCGAAUGCUUUCAGCAUAUUUGAGGAAAUGCUAAAGUCAGGCCUUCAGCCUGAUCGUGCCAUAUACAACUUGCUGAUAGAAGCAUUUUGCAAGAUGGGGAAUAUGGAUCGAGCUAUUCGCAUUCUGGAAAAAAUGCAGAAGGAACGAAUGCAACCAUCAAAUAGAGCAUUUAGGCCUAUUAUAGAGGGGUUUGCAGUUGCUGGAGAUAUGAAAAGGGCUCUGAAUAUUCUUGAUCUGAUGCGACGAAGUGGUUGCGCUCCCACUGUGAUGACUUACAAUGCUCUUAUUCAUGGGCUAAUUAAAAAGAACCAGGUUGAAAGGGCCGUUUCUGUGCUUAACAAGAUGUCCAUUGCUGGUAUUACGCCAAAUGAACAUACAUACACAAUCAUUAUGAGAGGUUAUGCUGCUAAUGGAGAUAUUGGCAAGGCUUUCGAAUAUUUCACAAAAAUCAAAGAGGGUGGCCUAAAACUUGAUGUGUACAUUUACGAAACGCUGCUCAGGGCCUGUUGCAAAUCAGGGAGGAUGCAAAGUGCUUUAGCAGUCACCCGCGAGAUGAGCACUCAGAAGAUAGCAAGGAAUACAUUCGUAUAUAAUAUUUUGAUUGAUGGGUGGGCUCGGAGGGGAGAUGUUUGGGAGGCAGCAGACUUAAUGAAGCAGAUGAAAGAAGAUGGAGUCCCUCCAAACAUUCAUACAUAUACCUCCUACAUAAAUGCAUGCUGCAAAGCUGGAGACAUGCAGAGGGCACAAAAGGUGAUAGAAGAAAUGGCAGAUGUUGGAUUGAAACCUAAUCUCAAGACAUAUACUACCUUGAUUAAAGGUUGGGCAAAGGCGUCACUACCAGACAGAGCAUUGAAAUCCUUUGAAGAGAUGAAACUGGCUGGGCUGAAACCUGAUGAGGCUGCUUAUCAUUGCUUGGUAACUUCACUUCUCUCAAGGGCAACUGUAAUGGAGGGAAGCACCUACACAGGAAUCUUGAGUAUUUGUAGAGAAAUGUUUGAGAAUGACUUGACUGUUGAUAUGCGUACUGCUGUUCACUGGUCGAGAUGGCUUCACAAGAUUGAGAGGACAGGAGGGGCACUAACAGAGGCACUCCAGAGAAUAUUUCCUCCUGAUUGGAAUUCAUUAGAAGUUCUAGGAGAAGUGUCUGAUUCUCCAAGCACGGGGGAUUCUGAUUAUUCCUGUGAUUCUGAUCUUAGCGAUGUUGAUGAGAAUCAAGAUGCUGAUGAGUGAUGACAGCUGACAAAUUCUAGAACCACCUUUUGUUGUUACGCACUCCCUCGCUGUUUUUCCUUGAGAUGUGUGGGAGUUGACCCAGUAAGCGCCUUUCAUCAAACCCUGUUCUGACAUUACAGAACAGCAGUUUGUGGAUGAUCCUAGAGUGGGGUUUGGAAUCUUAUAGUGCAGUAAGCGUGAGCUGUCUGGCUUCUGCUGCAUUUCUUCAAGUUGCAGACAAUCACUAACAGUUCUACUGGGAUUGAAGGCUAAGGCAGGCUGUCAUAGCAAGUUUGCAACAGAUGAAGCUUACCCAUCUGUGUUGCUGUACUGAACCAUGACUUGUCUAGAUAAAUAUUCUUGAGGUUUGGCAUCUUCCAGUACAGCAGCUUCAAUAGAAUGAGCCUUAACUUGGCACAGCCCGAUUCAAUAUCACUUGAAAAUGCAUCCUCUGUCCCCGCUGGGAGCUUUUACUAGUCAGGAUGAAUGCCUGCACACGAAGGCAUUAAUGCGGUUCUUAUGAGCACAAUUUCUUGGGAUUGGUUUGUGCGUAUGUGUGGCUCUGCCUUGUGACAACCAAGUCGGAAAAGUCAGGUGUAGUUUCAUGAAGUUUUUAGAUGUUUAAAACUGGAGCCUGUGAGUGGAAGACGCAAAGGGGAAAGAGACUGAAAAUAUCUUUGUUCAUACAGCAGUAACUGGGAAACAGCACCACAGGGGAAUCAAAUCAGGGCAGGAGCUUCAUCACUCCCCGUCUGAGUUAGAGCUUCAUCAAUUCGUCAAUUUCUUCUCCUGCGUCUCUCGCCUGACGCUCGUCGACGAGCCGGACUCCAUCGCCUGGAAGCUUUCCCCCUCGAGGAUGUACUCCGCCAAGACUGCUUAUUCUGCUCAAUUCCAAGGUCUUGUUCGGCAUCAGCACUCUAGUCUCUUCUGGAAUUGCGGGGUGCCGGAGAAGUGCAAAUUUUUUGCUUGGUUGCUCGUGCAAUGGAGAGUCCCUACAGCGGAUGUGCUUUCCAGGAAAGGUAUCCAGAACGACAAGUGGUGCCCGUUCUGUCUUCACGCCACGGAAACCGCCGAUCAUAUCUUCCUGUCCUGUUGCUUUGCCCAUCGGCUCUGGAGCUUGGUUGCUGAGUGGUCGGGGCAGUCUAUGUUCCGCCCUGGUGUGUGGUCUGGGCCGCCGGCCCCCCCUCUUGAUCUCUGGUGGAUGAAUAGAAUCGACGAGGCCAAGCGCUCUUUGGAUAAACACAAAGCUCGCAAUGCGGCGUCCCUCUUCCUUCUAUCCCUUUGGUCCAUUUGGAGGGAGUGAAACAACAGGAUUUUCAACGCCAAGCACUCUUCUGCUGAGGGAGUCCUGCUGGUGAUCAAGAACGAAUCGGCUCUGUGGCGUUUAAUCGAUAACAAAGGAAUUGGGGCUUUGCUUUCGGGGCCGGAUGAUGUGCCCUAAGUUUGUUCUUUGCCUUUCUGUUCUUUCCUUUUUGUAAUUAAACUUUGUCUCCUUGUGGUCGAUCUUGUGUGGACCUCCUUUUAAUA